GAAGAAGCCGCCGCCGCGAUGAGGAAGGGCCGCUCUCGGGGGGACAAAGCGGCGCCGCCGCCGCCGGCGCGGAGGGAGCCCGGGCGGGCGGUGUCCGGCAGCGCGGCGGAGCGCAGAGCCGCCCUGCUGGGGGGCGGCGGCAGGAAGGAGCCGGAGGACGCCCGGGCCGCGGGGGCGCCGGAGCGGGAGAUGAUAACGGAGUCCACUCCGCUGCGUUGCAGGAAGCUCAGCAAUCCUGACAUCUUUUCAUCUGCUGGGAAAACCAAGCUCCACCGUCAGUUAAGUCAAGAUGACUGCAAGCUACGAAGAGGUAGCUUGGCAAGUUCUUUGUCAGGAAAACAGCUACUUCCCUUAUCAAAUAGUGUCCACAGUGGAGUGGGCCAGACGAUAUGGCAGCCUCCUGGAGAUACCUCCAACCUGGUCCGCAUGAGAAAUCAGUCUCUAGGACAAUCUGCUCCUUCACUUACUGCUGGUUUGAAAGAGCUCAGUCUCCCYAGAAGAGGAAGCUUAAUCUCCUCUCCUUUGUACUCCCACUGCCGAGGAAAUGAUGUUCAUCAGCACAUGUUCUCWCCUACAUCUGCUCCAGGUCUGCAGCAUCUUAAAUUCCCAUUUAGUGCUGACUGUGCACUUGUCACUUCUCCUCUAGUAUUUUACCUGAACUCACAAGCCCAGAGCAAUCCAUCUAGUCCAUGCUACAACCAUCCUUUUCAGUGGAGYUGUCGGACAAGCAACAGGAAGAGUUUGAUUGUAACAUCCAGCACAUCUCCAACUCUCCCUCGGCCACAUUCCCCUCUUCAUGGACACGCAGGUAGCAGCCCCUUGGACAGUCCCAGGAACUUCUCUCCAAAUGCACCUGCUCAUUUUUCCUUUGUUCCUGCCCGAAGCCAUGGACACAGAGCAGACAGGACGGAUGGACGCCGCUGGUCCUUGGCCUCCCUYCCUUCAUCUGGAUAUGGAACAAACACUCCCAGUUCAACAGUUUCAUCAUCAUGCUCAUCUCAGGAGAAGCUGCACCAGCUGCCCUUUCAGCCCACGGCAGAUGAACUUCAUUUCCUGACAAAGCAUUUCAGUACCGAGAGCAUCACUGAUGAGGAAGGGCGCCACUCUCCAGCCUUGAGGCCUCGAUCUCGCAGUCUCAGCCCGGGUCGCUCUCCAGUUUCCUUUGACAGUGAAAUAAUAAUGAUGAAUCAUGUGUACAAAGAAAGGUUUCCAAAGGCCACGGCACAGAUGGAAGAACGGCUGGCUGAGUUUAUUGCCUCGAAUGCUCCAGAGAACGUGCUGCAAUUAGCGGAUGGGGUCCUAAGUUUCAUUCAUCAUCAAGUUAUUGAACUGGCCAGAGAUUGCCUAGAUAAAUCACGUGAAGGUCUUAUUACUUCUCGGUACUUUUAUGAGCUGCAGGAAAACUUAGAGAAACUUCUCCAGGAUGCCCACGAGCGAUCCGAGAGCUCCGAGGUGGCCUUUGUCACGCAGUUGGUGAAGAAGCUGAUGAUCAUCAUCGCCCGCCCGGCGCGGCUGCUCGAGUGCCUGGAGUUUGAUCCUGAAGAGUUCUACCAUUUGUUGGAAGCUGCAGAAGGCCAUGCCAAGGAAGGGCAAGGAAUUAAAUGCGACAUUCCUCGUUACAUUAUCAGCCAGCUGGGACUCACCAGGGAUCCCCUGGAGGAAAUGGCCCAGUUGAAUAGCUAUGACAGCCCAGACACUCCUGAGACAGAUGAUUCAGUCGAGAGCCGAGGGGCCUCUGUCCAGUCAAAGAAAACUCCAUCUGAAGAAGAGUUUGAAACUAUUAAACUGAUCAGUAAUGGUGCUUAUGGAGCUGUGUACCUGGUGCGGCACAAGASCACCCGCCAGCGGUUUGCCAUGAAGAAGAUCAACAAGCAGAACCUGAUCCUGAGGAACCAAAUCCAGCAGGCCUUUGUGGAGAGGGAUAUCCUGACCUUUGCUGAGAACCCCUUYGUGGUCAGCAUGUUCUGCUCCUUUGAGACCAAGCGGCACCUGUGCAUGGUCAUGGAGUAUGUGGAAGGAGGAGACUGUGCUACACUCCUCAAGAACAUUGGUGCCCUACCCGUUGAUAUGGCCAGGAUGUAUUUUGCUGAGACUGUUCUGGCGCUGGAGUACCUACACAAUUAUGGGAUUGUUCACCGUGACCUAAAGCCUGACAAUCUCCUGAUAACUUCAAUGGGUCAUAUUAAACURACAGACUUUGGACUGUCCAAAAUCGGGUUAAUGAGUCUUACAACUAAUCUUUACGAGGGCCACAUUGAGAAGGAUACCAGGGAAUUCCUGGACAAGCAGGUGUGUGGGACUCCRGAGUACAUUGCACCAGAAGUGAUCCUGCGCCAGGGCUACGGGAAGCCCGUGGAUUGGUGGGCCAUGGGAGUGAUCCUCUACGAGUUCCUGGUGGGCUGCGUUCCUUUCUUUGGGGACACACCUGAGGAGCUCUUUGGACAAGUGAUCAGUGAUGAAAUUGCCUGGCCAGAAGGAGAUGAUGCACUGCCACCUGAUGCCCAGGACCUCAUUUCUAAGCUGCUCCGCCAAAAUCCUCUGGAAAGGAUGGGAACAGGUAGUGCCUUUGAAGUGAAGCAGCAUCGGUUCUUUAAAGAUUUGGACUGGAAUGGAUUACUCCGGCAGAAAGCUGAAUUCAUCCCACAGCUGGAAUCUGAGGAUGACACAAGCUAUUUUGACACCCGUUCAGAACGGUACCAACACCUGGAUUCCGAGGAGGAGGAGGACACCAAUGACGAUGACCACGUGGAAAUCCGGCAGUUUUCCUCGUGUUCGCCCAGGUUCAGCAAGGUGUACAGCAGCAUGGAAAGGCUUUCCAUCCACGAGGAGAGGAAGACUCCACCACCAACCAAACGGAGCCUGAGYGAGGAAAAGGACGAUCGGCUGGACAGCCUGGGGGGCUUGAAGAGCCGGGACCGCAGCUGGGUCAUUGGGUCUCCUGAAAUCCUGCGCAAGCGCCUGUCCAUGUCCGAGUCCUCGCACACGGAGAGCGACUCCAGCCCUCCGCUGACCGUCCGGCGCCGCUGCUCGGGGCUCCUGGACAUGCCCCGCUUCGCCAUCUCCACCGAGGACGAGGGGGCUGCCCUCAAGAGGCCCCAGUCCGAGGGGAUGCUGCUGUGCACSGUGCAGGCGCGGGAGGGGCUGCCCGUGCCCAUCCCCGAGCAGCCCGUGGAGCACGAGCUGCCGCUGGACGGGGACACCGCGGCCACCACGCCAUCCACGGCCACCAACAGCGCCUUGGCGCUCACAGCUGGGAGCACUGCAGAUUUCUCUGAUCCACGAGCUCGCAGUAAUAGCAAUGAAGGCUCAGACUUUACCACUCCAAAAGCCAUCAGCGAUUUGGCAGUGCGGCGGGCACGACACAGGUUGCUCUCUGGGGAAUCAGGGGAGAAACGUACCUCGAGACCUGUCAAUAAAGUGAUUAAAUCCGCAUCCGCCACUGCCUUGUCUCUCCUGAUUCCCUCAGAUCACCACACGUGUUCUCCAUUGGCCAGUCCAAUGUCACCUCAUUCUCUCUCCUCCAACCCAUCUUCGAGGGACUCCUCACCCAGCCGCGACUUUUCUCCUGCUAUCGCAAACCUGAAACCACCAAUCAUCAUCCAUCGGGCUGGCAAGAAAUAUGGUUUCACUCUGCGCGCCAUUCGUGUCUAUAUGGGUGACAGUGAUAUCUACACUGUGCAUCACAUGGUCUGGCACGUGGAGGAAGGGGGCCCRGCCAACGAAGCCGGUCUGCGGGAAGGGGACCUGAUCACCCACGUCAACGGGGAGCCGGUSCAUGGGCUGGUGCACACCGAAGUGGUGGAGCUGAUUCUGAAGAGUGGAAAUAAAGUGUCCAUCUCCACCACACCAUUUGAGAACACGUCCAUCAAAGUUGGUCCAGCUCGGAAAGCCAGCUAYAAAUCCAAGAUGGCUCGUAGGAACAAGAAGAGCAAAACAAAGGAUGGUCAGGAAAGUAAGAAGAAGAGCUCUCUGUUGAGGAAGAUCACYAAACAAGCAUCGCUGCUUCACACCAGCCGGAGUUUAUCAUCCCUGAACCGAUCCCUGUCAUCUGGAGAAAGUGUGCCUGGCUCUCCAACUCACAACCUGUCUCCUCGGUCACCAACCCAGAGCUACAGGUCCACGCCUGAGUCUGUACACUCAGUUGGCGGCAAUUCUUCCCAGAGCAGUUCUCCCAGCUCCAGCGUUCCCAACUCUCCAGCCAGCUCCGGACACAUCCGCCCCAGCUCCCUGCAYGGCCUGGCACCAAAGCUGCAGAGGCAGUACAGAUCCCCAAGGCGUAAAUCCGCAGGAAACAUCCCCCUGUCCCCUCUGGCUCACACUCCGUCCCCAACCCCGCAGUCCACGUCGCCGCAGCGCUCCCCAUCUCCUUUACCWGGACACUCAAUUGGCAGCUCCAGCAUUAUUCAGUCUUUCCCAGUGAAACUACACUCCUCCCCACCGCUGGUGAGGCAAAUUUCUCGCCCCAAAAGCGCCGAGCCGCCACGAUCCCCUUUGCUGAAGAGAGUGCAGUCGGCUGAGAAGCUGGCCGCCUCUCUGUCCUCCUCUGAGAAGAAGCUGGGCUCCUCACGGAAGCACAGCCUGGAUAUCUCUCACUCUGAGUUUAAGAAGGAGAUGUUGCAGCGGGAUCCCAGCCUCCAGAGCUUGCAGGAAUCUGCCAACGAAACGAGCGGCGGCAAACUGGGGCUGGCAGAAAAAGGGAUGCUGCAGAARCCGGGCUCGCGGAAGCUGGGAGCCAUUCGGCAGGACAGGGUGGAAAGGAGGGAGUCUCUGCAAAAACAGGAGGCCAUCAGGGAAGUAGAUUCUUCUGAGGAUGAAACAGAUGAUGGUUCGGAGGACAGUCAGGAUGGGAGAAGGCUGGACAAGCCCCGGGGCAGUGGAGACCAAGGCUCCGAUUCUUUUAAUGAGGAUAAUAAGUUUUCAUCUAAAUUGGAAAGCAAGGAUAGCAUUGAAGAUGAUGCCUUUCUACCUGAAGAUCCAAAAGGUACGGAAGAUUUGCAGAAGGGAAAUAGUCAACAAGCCAAGGCUGUUUCAGAGCCGCUGCAAAUCACUGUGCACCCCUCCCCACCAGAGCUCCCCUCAAGAACUUCUCCAGAAAAACUAGCUCAUUCAGAAAAGCCAUUCCUAAAAUCUGAAACAAUUGCAAAGGAGCAUAAAUUGCCUGAAAACAAAACUUUGGAAUGUUUAGGUUCAAAAGAUAGAUCUUCUGAAGCAAUCAAAGAUCUGGGGAGAACUACAGGUACUCAGAAACCAGUAGAUGGCACAGAACAUACACAGUGCCCGUCUAUCAAACUCCUGGAACUUGAUGAAGGUGAUUCUUCUGGGGCCCCCUGUGGUAAACUUGACUUGAAAGAGCCUGUGCUAACAGAAAGYAGUCAGAAAAAACAGGAUUCCAAACCUCUGCUGGCACUUUCCUCGUGGUGCACRGCCAACACGAGCACUCCUGUCAUGGUGAUUCCCCCAGAGCACAGCGAGAAGGGUGGCAAGGAGACKCCUCAGCCUGCGGAACAGCACAGCUCCUCCUUUCUGUCUCCUGGGAGCGCCAGUGAAACAUCCCAAAGAAGUCCCAGCCCCGACAAGCAGCAGCCCAGCUCAUCCCAGGCAGAGGGUGCUGUAAGCUCCAGCAAAACGAGCCCAGCAGGACCCGUGUCCUCCCCAGUGCCCGUCCCCGGUGCCAUCGAGCGCGCGCUCUCCCCGUCCCCGCUGGCACCACUGGCCCAGAGCGUGCUGGGCCCUUUGAAGCUCAGUACMUCUGGGUCGGGAGAGGUGGAAAAGAGGAAGGAUUUGGGUGCCUCCUGUAAAGAGGAGAGGGAUUUGAAACAAAAAAGGCAGGAAAUUUCACAAGCAGGAGAAUGUCAAGAGAAAGCCAAACCCUCUAGCGUCGAUGGUGUGAGCACGAGGAGUGGGUCCUGUGCAGAAUCCUCGCACCCAGCAAAGCCCUGGGAGGCAGCGUGUCCCAUGGGGGCCAAAAAGGAGGCAACGUGUCCUGUGGUGGUCAAAAAGGAGGCGCCUUUGUGCAGUGCUAAAGCUUCUGAGGCAUUGGUCGGGAGCUGCAAAAUCACUCCGUCGAAAGAGCMGUCUCAUGCUCUUGGACAAGCAGCUCUGAGAGCCUCUCCUCUGCCAGAUGGCAGCACGAGGCCCUGUAAAGAAGGGACUGUGGCACAAGCAAAAAGCAAAGAGGCUGGUAAUCAGUUAAAAAUACAAGACUUUCCCCUGUCACAUGAUGAUGCUGUGAAGAAAACAUAGCAGCAUCGCUGGUACUCGUGGACUGGAGCGUUCUACAUUCAAAAUAGAGACUGCAUGUUUGAAUUUUGUAAUAUACACUAAUAUAAAAUAGAACUUGUGUACAUCUAUUUUUGGGAGGGUUUUUUUCAUACUGUUUUUUGUGUUUUUUCAUCCUUGCUAUUCUAUUUUUGUACACAGUAAUGCUUGCUGUUUGAGGUCUCUUUAGAACAGGGUAUCUUUAAAGCAGGGCUUAAGAAACAGUUUUGUUUGGGAUUUUUUUUCUUUCCAGACUUCUUAUUUUGCCUGAGUUUAGAGCCUGAUGUGCUCUUCCCUCUAAUCCUGCAUUUAUUUGAGAUCCUGAAAUUUCUGCGUGCAAAAAAGGCAGCUUGAUUUUAAAUUUUCUGCUUYUCAACAUUCUCUUUGAAAUUCCAUUGAAAUUCAAAAAUGUCAAGWUUUUGCUGCAAUUUUACAAUCUGAUGUCCCUUGACGGAAGAAUAAGAACACACUCUCUUGCCUGCAAGUUAUUGUGGAGCUGCAGACCCUCUUUGGUGCAAGUACAACCUUUUUGUCACCAUGUGUCUUCAUAGUCCUGUGUCCUUAGAGGAUAUGGAGGCAAAGGACUUGGCUGGAGAGGCUGGACAGAGAGAGAUCCCUGUCUUUAAAACAAGGAAGAGUAUUUUUCAAUGGAAUUAUCAGAAAGAGAAAUUGCCAGUCUGCAAGCUGGCUUUUUUGGGAGAUUGUUUUUAYUUAUCCUUUGUGGAACACAUGGCAACUUUUCCCUCUGUUUUUAAAAUUUUAGUGAUGUUUUAUCUUGCUUUCUCUGGCUUCAAUUCAUAACUUGCCCUGCCUCAGAGUAAGUGGCCCCAGGAAAGGGGUGCCUGUAGGUUGGUUUUAAAGUAGAGAAAAUUGUAGUUGCGUGUUCUCCAGUGUGUCUGGCAAAGUUAUCUCGAUGAAAAACGACCUUUGGAGACUUUUCCUUCUCUUGGUGAGUCUAAAUAGGUAGGGAUUUUAAGGUGUCCCUUAACAUUUCUGAAUCGGGGCUUGGGAAACUUGCUGAGUUUUCUGAAUCUGCCCGUUUGAAAAACAAAGGAACCUAUGAAGAGUUCAGACUCCUCGAGUUCUGUGGUCAAGCUGCAAGCAGACUUCAAAACACAUGUGAUAUUUUCAGAUUUCAGCUUUGAUAGCUAGAUCAUUUCCACUGCUGAGGCCACUUUCCAUUAAAAACUUACUCUUUGCUCUUAGGUUUAGACAUYGCUUAGCUUUAAAUGUGACCGACUCCGGGUGACAGUGCUCCUUGCUGAGGAUUAGGUCAAUAGUAACUCACCAAUAAAUGUGUCGAUGGUGAUACCUGUAGCACUGUAAGCCAUUUCUUCAUCCAAUUAAAGGUUCCUCUCAAUGAACACUCCCAUCAUUUGUCCCAGAUUGUGCUCAGCUUGUAUCCUAGUCUUGUCUGAGUGGAUCUCCCUGCGGAUCACCCUCCAGGGAUAGUGCCCUGCUCACUGGCUUACUCUGUUAUGACUGUGCAACAGUAUUCCAGGCUAAAACCYGUCUCUGUUGGUCUGAUUUCCUUAUGCUGCUGCUUCCCUCACUGUCUUGGCUUUCUCUGAACUUGAAGUUUUGAUUCGCUUCCCCUAAAUGCAAAUACGUUUAUUAUAUAGGAAAAUAUUUUCUCCAUCUCUUUCAAUCUGAUUUCAGUUCAAUCCACAACUCUCAAAAAAAUCUCUGGAAUCUCACCCUGCUUCUUGCUGCGUAGCAGUCGCUUCCCCCCUGUUAUAUACUUGAUUUUGGCUGCUUGGAUUUCAUUUCUGGACCAAGUUUUGGUUUGGUUUGAGCUUUUUUUUUUUUUUUUUUUUUUUUUUUUUUUUUUUUUUUUUUUUUUUUUUUUUUUUUUUUUUUUUUUU